UUUGCACAGGUCAGUUUCCGUUGGAAUAAAUGCCGAUUCCUGCAAAAUGGCCGGCAAGAUUACCGCGGCGUUUGCACUGCUCACAGUGUUUGCUCUGGCUCACCUGAAUUACGUAACCAGUAACCCUGCCAUAGCUACCAGUUACGAGUCCUUGGAAGUAUGCAUCGAAAACUGCGCACAAUGCAAGAAAAUGCUCGGUGCGUGGUUCGAAGGGCCACUCUGCGCCGAAUCCUGCAUCAAGUUCAAGGGCAAAUUUAUUCCAGAAUGUGAAGACUACGCUUCGAUUUCACAGUUUUUAAAUAAGCUCUAAAACGAUUGUGUUUUUGACGAUUGGUGUGUAAAAUGCUUAAUGCGGUUUCAAACCAUAAUUUAAUUAAUGUAGGCUUAACACAUUACUUAAGAGCAUAAUUUGUCUCCUGCACAUUUACUGACAUAUGUAAUUAAAACAUACUAAUCACCACGUUCUUUUGUCACAUCAGUGUCGUGAGUUUUCGGCUAGAGGCAAAUCUAGAGAAUGUACGAUCGAACAGAUUGCAUGGGCUGUUUGUACUAUCACGAUCGAGCAAAAUGGAGCGCGCAAAUCUUUAAUGGCUUCUUUUUGUCUCUAGUUUUAGUCCGUGUAGACAAAAAAAAGAUAAAAUGAGGUGAGCCAUUUUGAAUACAUCAUGUCUAUAGAAUUUUAUAGCCUAAUUUAACCAAAAUGGUUGCUUAUUCUACUAUUCUCUCUCUCUUACUUAUGAAUAAUUAGAAGCAACGAUGAUGUGAUUCUAGUAGACGUCAUUUAGUGCUCUAGAACAAUUUUGUACCUCAUUAUCGUUAUACGAUAUGGUAUCAGCAUUUUACACACUAUUUAAAAGUCACGGGUAUCCAUAGAAUGUACCAAAGCGUUUCAAUACCUAGAAUAAAUAAAGUUUAUUAUUAUAUUAAUCAUAUUACAGGGAUUAAAUGUAAGUUAAAAAUGUAAUCCUAUAAUUAAGUACAUAAACCGAUAAAAGAAAUAUUAAUUUGUAGCUUCAAAAAAUUUUUCAUAUUUUU